AUGUACCAGUUGCUGACAGUCAUGCUGUACGCAGCCCUGGAAGCCCUGGGGGGACGCACCGCUCUGGCCGUGAUCCAGGCCCAACAUCACACAAACCAGAGCUGGGGCCUGCCCAACUUCCUGGCCCACCUGAAGCGCCUGACGUCAUCCAGCAGCAACGCAACCACCGGCACAAGCCGGGUGCGGCCCUCGGAGACCUGCCAAGGCUACUACGAUGUCAUGGGGCAGUACGACGCGGCCUUCAACUGCACCACGGGGGGCUACCGCUUCUGCUGCGGCACGUGCCAGUAUCGCUUCUGCUGCGAGGACCGGUCCAGGAGGCUGGAGCAAGGGAAGUGCCGCGACAGCCCGCAGUGGUUUGCCACCACCGUUGCCGGCACAGCCACCAACGGGCCCGAUGUGCCAAACGGAAGCAAGCAGACGGGCAACAGCACCGUGUACGUGAUCUGUGGGGUCAUCAGCUUCACCUUAGCCGUGGGAGUCGGGCUCAAAUUCUUCUUCAGCAAAGCCUCAAGGAGACCGCAUGGAAGGGAGCUCAACGUGCCCAGGUAAAAAAUGCAGGCUGCAAGGUGGGGUCAAAAGUUGUUCUUCAGCCCUGUGGUGAGAACCUGGCAGCAUUUCAGCUGGUAGUGUGGCUCAGAGCUGGACUGGGAUUCUGUCCCCAGAAUGGCUCCAGAUCAGAAUUCUGUGUGUCCUCGGAAUUUUUGUAACAAUUACUAUUCUAACGGACUAACACAGCUGAAACAUUCUAUUGAUAGACCAAUUUGCUUUAAAGCUUUAUGUUCAUGACCUUUUCGUCGUUGUUGCAAAAUCAUGAAUUACCUCCCCAAAGUCAAUUUCUUUUGCAAAUUCACACUCAACAAACAAAAUAGGUGGGUGGCUUAAUUGCUCUUGCCCCAUAGUAGAACGCCUGCUGUAAAUCCUACCAGAAACACCAUCUCUCUCUCUCUCUCUCUCUCUCUCUCUCUCUCUCUCUCUCGGAUCAAUGUCUUCAAUUCCUGUGGCGUCUGUCCCUCUCACCACCAGCUGUCUCUCUCUCUUGCCUAAGCAGAGAGAACUCUUGGACUGGUAGUUCUUUAGAGGAUGUUGUCUAGGGAAGAACAAACCUCUCUGAUGAACUACAAGUCCUAAUUUAACUGUACAAACACAUAUCCUCUGUUCUAGAGAAGGACCCGGGCCAGUAACUCGCUGUGCUCUAACACUGCAUUGGACUGAAAAGGGAAUGCAAAUAAAACUCUGUAUCAGAAGGCUGCUAUACAAAUCUAUGGUGAGGCCACACUUGAAAUAUUGUGCUUAGAGGGCAUUGUAGAACUAGAAAAGGCAUGAGUUUCGUUACACAAUAAUAAUAGAAAAAAACAAUCAAUUUUUUUUAAAAGAAAUGAACCUGGAGUCAUUAAAAGAAGCUCAGAAGAUUCACAACAGACCAGAGGAAGUACUUCAUACAGCACACAGUUAAACAAUGGGGUUUGCUAAGUGAUGUGGUAUUGGCCCCCAAUUUGGAUGGCUUUAAAAGGGGUUUUGGGAUGCGGGUGGCUGAGCCUAGGGCUUGCCGAUUGGAAGGUUAGCGGUUCGAAUCCCCGCAACAGGGUGACCUCCCGUUGCUUGGUCCCAGCUCCUUCCAACCUAGCAGUUCGAAAGCAUGCUAGUGCAAGUAGAUAAAUAGGUACCGCUCCGGCAGGAAGGUAAACGGCGUUUCCAUGCCCUGCUCUGGUUUCACCAGAAGUGGCUUAGUCAUGCUGGCCACAUGACCCAGAAAAACUUUCUGCGGACAAACAUCGGCUCCCUUGGCCAGUAAAGCAAGAUGAGCACCGCAACCCAAGAGUCGUUCGCGACUGGACUUAACUGUCAGGGGUCCUUUACCUUUUAAAAGGGGUUUAGACAUGUUUAUGGAAAGCUGUCAACUGCUGUUGGCCAUGAUGGCUCUGUAAUACCUUGAGUAUCAGACGCAGUAUGCCUCUGAACACCAGUUGCACAAGCGGGGAGAGCUCUCUUGCACCCCCGCCAACACCUGGGGCAGAGUUUUUUUGCCAUAGGGACAAGCAAGUGAAGUUGGAUAAACCUUCACUGAAUCAUGCUAUACUGUAAAGAUACUAAGGUGGGAUGAUAGCUCAGUUGGUAAAGCAUGAGACUUGGGGUCGUGGGUUCGAGCCCCGUGUUGGGCAAAAAGAUUCCUGCAUUGCAGGGGGUCCUUGUGGUCCCUUCCAACUCUACAAUUCUAUGAUUUUAUGAAUGAAGUGCCUCAAUCCAGCCCAAACACAUGCCUUGUUGUCCCUUUCACUAACACUUCCUUUCUUUUCCUGGCCAGGGCACUGGUUGACAUUCUCAGGCAUCAAGCAGGCAGCAGCUCAUGCUCUGAACGCAACAACAGCCUUGUCAUUAACUCAAACUUCCAAGACAAUGGUUCAGCUCGUCCCCCGAAGAACCUGUACAACACAGUGAAACCGUCCAAAAGCAGCCAUGGUAAGAGAACUGCAGGCAGCCUGACAAGGCGAGUGAUGGCUUCAGACUGCUAAAUCCUGGAUCAGCUACCAACCUUCCCCAACAGCUUGAUCUGCAUAAUUUUUUUAUUAGAAUUCGAGGAAGGAUUUAUUUAAUAUCAUCCAUCCUAAUCAACACUGUCCCCAUCUCCAAAAAAGCUUCACGCUGAUUGAGUUGCUGUUAAAGGCACAAGUACAGGCCAGGAUCCGUGUUUCUUUCUUUCUGGUCACUUGGCAACCUAAGUGGCACAUGGGGCUCAACUGCCGGGAGGGUGACUGUGCUAAAGGAAGGAAAGUGAGGGUCUCCAUGGGGGGUGCCAUGGGGAGUAAAAGAGAUGAUUAUCUUGGACUGUAUAACCAGGUACUUGACCUCCAACCCCUUCUGAUGGCAGCAUCAUGGCUUAAAAGAGAUAAUAAGCCAAUAUGUUGGCUUAAUCUAGGCAUAGGCAAACUCGGCAGUCCAGAUGUUUUGGGAAUACAACUCCCAUCAUCCCUAGCUAACAGGACCAGUGGUCAGGGAUGAUGGGAAUUGUAGUUCCAAAACAUCUGGAGGGCCGAGUUUGCCUAUGCCCGGCUUAACCAAUACUGUGUGAGUGCACUGAAUAUCUAAGUGAGAUUAUUUGGAUGUAACACCAAAACUAUGGUUUGUAGAAUCCCAACCAAGGCUUUGUUAUACUGUAUGAACCAGCGCUUUCCAACAAAUCAUGGUUUGUGAGUGGCAGCCAGAUCAGAACCUGAAAUCACAAGUUUGCAAACCGGUGAUUUGGUGUCACAUCUGAAUCAAUGACCAUGGUUACGUUGUUCCACUCUCAUAGGCUUCAGUGUGGGAUAGAAUCCAGUAAGAGGAAAGUGGAGGAGGGAAGGGAAUUGCACAAACUAUGGUAAAUCUUGGAACACCAACUACGGUUUGGAGUCUCAGCUAAAGUUAGCACAAACCAUGGUUUCAUGUCAACGUAUGCACCAACCCCCAUGAGGAAUCACUUGGGAACUCCCCUUCUCAGUUCUCUGAAGCAAGGAAUGCCAUAUAAAUGUAACAAAAAAAAUGUCCUCCCAAGCCAGCAAAACUGGGAUCAAGAACAGGGCUCCUUUAAAAGAGGUGAAGGCCUCACACCCCAUUUUCCAACAGCAGCCUGAGCUGGCCUCUCCAUGGACCCCAGGAAUCUUCCUGGAAUCUAUCGCCUAUUUUCUCUGUGAUCUACUUCUAGCCCCUUCUCUUACUAUUUUUGUUGGAAUAUGUUAACUCCUGCUCUUUGGGGUGUGUGUGUGUGUGUGUGUGUGUGUAUUCUCAGCAGGAAUUAAGCUGCAAAAGCUUGUGGGGAAACAGCCUGUUUGCCAUAGCAACUGGUUCUAGCUGUCUGGCUGUCUUUGUGUCGGCUUGAAGAUUAAUAUUAGGGUUGUGGGGGGAGGGCCUUAUUGAGACAUGAACUGUUUUCUUUCCAGGUAGAAAGAAAAGCCUUCAAGUGCUCAGGAGGCGCUUUUGCAGUUUUCCUCUUCCCUGCUAAAUGCUCCCUUCUCUCCCAGGAGCCCAGACACACCUGGUCUCAGUUAUUCGUUUUAGUAGCAAACUCAGGGGUGGUGAGUGUCAACAAAAUUGUAGGCAAAACCAGGAUCACUGGCAAACAAGGGGUAGGUGUCAGCAUGCUGGGGGGGGUACCUCAAGGUUUGCAGAAGUACAAAAAAUAUUUUGGGGGUGGGGAGCCCAAAGGCUGCACUUCCACCGCCCUCAACAGGGGGGAGUGAGAAAAGUGCAAUGUCCUGUGUGGAAGGUAUGGCUGGCUGGAACCUGAAACAACACAACUCCUUUUAGGAGGGAGGGUACACUGCAACAUUUUGCUGCAGACCCCACUUGCUGUAGUAACAGUGUACAGUGGUACCUCGGGUUACAUACGCUUCAGGUUACAGACUCCACUAACCCAGAAAUAGUGCUUCAGGUUAAGAACUUUGCUUCAGGAUGAGAACAUAAAUCGUGUUCCGGCGGCGCGGCGGCAGCAGGAGGCCCCCAUUAGCUAAAGUGGUGCUUCAGGUUAAGAACAGUUUCAGUUUAAGAACAGACCUCCGGAACGAAUUAAGUACUUAACCCGAGGUACCACUGUAGUACUAUCUUAAUUGAGAGCCAGACUGUGUCAGACUUUGACUGGUUCAAAUCCCAGCUCAACCUUGAAGCUCACUCACCUUUGGUCAAUCAUACUCUCCCAGCCUCACCUAUUGCCAAGGGUGGAAGUUGUAAGCGUUACCAUGGAACAGAUGGCAUGGGUCCUCCUUCCAUGGCACCUUCACGCCUAGAUCCUCAAAUGGCUGCAGAAACAGAGAGAAGGGGUUUGGCAGUCCCCAGAUCCGUCUCCUAAAUUUAUUGGGCUCCAGUGCCAGAAGCCAGGUUGUCCUCUUCAACCUCUCCCUCCCUCCCAACCCUCAAAUAAAGCAUGGUAGCCAUGUAUGUUCUAUGAGAGGGGUGGGCAAUUUUCAGGCUUGUAAGAUCUCCUUUGUUCCUUUCACUAGAGACCUAAGGGCCGCCAGGUACAAGAAACAGGCUGAGGAUUAAGGAACAGGGUGCCUCUGAGCACAUCACUCAGUCCCAGGAAUCUAUUAACGGUAUCAGCAAGACCAACCGUUCCACAGAAAAAUCCACUCUUGGUUUCCCCCCAAGCAUUCUUUUUUAGUAGCUUAAUUGGAAGGGUUUUGUUUUUUUAAAAAGGUUUCUUGCUAUUAUUUGUCAGCUGGGAGUCAGAGAGCCCUUGCUAAACUCCUGCAAAACCUCCAGUAGAUCCUGAUCUACCUUCUGCUCUGCCUUGCUCUAGUUGCGUACAUAGCAGGUGGGGAGAAUGCGGUUGCGGUCAGGUUCAGCUGGGAAGAGGGAAGUCGCAGUUGGGUUCUGCUUUUGGGCUUCCCAUAGGCACCUUUGAGAACAGGAUGCUGGACUAGAGGGGACUUUCACCAGAACAUAAGCAGGGCCCUUCUUACGUUCAGUAUAAGCAUGCAUCAUUCAUCCCUUUCAAAUGAUGGUGUGAUCAAUUUGCAUGCCUAGUCCUGAUCAUAAUCCCAGCCUGCGCUGAUAUUCUCCCAGCCCAAACCCGGUUGUGAAAUUUCCCAGCAACAAAUAAAUAAACUAGCUAAUGUUAAUGCAGCCACACUGGCCCUGCAGACCAACGUUGCCAGAAUUGUUUGCAAGUUCGGAGCGGACAUUUUUAGUCUGUGUUGGGUGACCUCUAGUGGCUGCUCGAGGCAGAUAAGAAUGAUCUCCAGCUUUAGCAGGUGAACGUUGUUAACAUGGUCCGCUCCACCACAUACACACACUUCUUUCUCUCGCUUUGUUUUUGCCUUGCAGAUAACAUGCAUCAUAAUUACAUCCACCUGAACGUCAACAGCCCCAAGCAUCACACGGCCACUCUGGGUAAGUGCUGGGAGCAGUUGGAUCCCUAGAUACAGUGACAUCUUAGCAACUUGCUGAUUCUCUAUUGACUUACUUAUUUGUUUAAAUUAAAAAUAAUAAUGAUGGUGGACUGCUUUUUGGAUAAAAAGCCCUCCUGCCCCCGAAGUGGCAUGCAACAAUUUUUAAACCCCGAACAUUAUACUUUUGAGCACCAUAAAACAGAGAGACAGGAAGCAUACAGCAUAAGAUCAACAAAGCUGAUCAGGGAAGCAAACCAACUUUAGUUGGAAGCUCAUUGAAACAGGAUAGUCUUUACUGCUUUCUCAUAAACUGGCAGGCAGGGGGGCUAAAGAGACCUUCCAACAAGGGACGAUGUUCUGGAGUGAAUCUGGGCGCCCUACUGGAGAGGGACCAUUGUUCAGGAGUAGAAUAUGCAAAGUGCAUGUUCUACCCCUGACCAAUGGUCCCUCUCCAGUGCAGAAGGCCCCAGGUUAAAAAAGAAUCAGGUAGCAGGUUAUGUGAAGGGCCAAGGAUGGGGAACUUGUGUGUCUUCCAGAAGUUGUUGGACUCCAACUCCCAGUCAGCGGCAGUGGAUAAAGGGAGUUGUAGUCCAGCAACAUGGGCACCCUGGUUCCCCAUCCCUGUGCUUUCUAGGUCAUAUGUACACCUUAUAUUUAAAUAACUCUUACACUACUGUAACAGUCUUGGAUUCCCGCAAAUAAUCAUGAGAACUGUAGUUUAUUCCUCAGCCACAGAGCUGCAAUCCACAGCACCCUUAACAAACUACAGUUCCUGUGAUUCUGAGAAGUGGUAUAAGAGUGCUUUAAAGGUAAGGUGUGGUUGUGAAAGAGAGUUGUCUUCAGUCAGAGUAGCCAACACUAGGCUAUGAUGGAUCAAUAGUCUAACCUUAUAGAAGAUAGCUUCCUGACAGGACCGGCUGCAGGUCUGAGAGGGCCCUGAGUGCCCUCUGGCAGGCCCUAUCCUCUGUUGGUUGGCUUACCUGGAGGAGGGCAGCAGUGGUCUGAGAAGUACCAGGUAGCUGUGUCUAGCCACCAUUUUUAUCAUGCACAAUGCCCCCAAUUAAGUGUCGCUCUACAGCAUUGUGGGAAAUUUAAAAGGCAGCUAGACUCAAAACACCUGGCAUUGCCAGGCCAUGAAAAAAUACAUUUUAAAGGGGUUCAGGGCAGUUAUUAGCAGUGGACCCUGCUGCGGUGCGGUUUCCUUGGUAGCUGCCCCAGGAUAUUGACGCCAGACCUGCUUUCUGUGUUGCACAGCUGAGAAGGCCCUGUCUCAUAUAUACACUGGGGGAUUUGGAGUCUUCCUGGAUAAUCUCAGGGGGGGAAUCAGUGGGUGUGAAGGUGGGAUGAGAGGCUCAUAUCCCAGGGCUGUGUAGGCAGGUUGCCAAACAUCUCGUCCACCUGCUUGGAACUGCCAGCACUCAUUCUUAAGGAGCCUAAGUUGUGGUGACUGAAGGUCUUGCAACGUGCUGGUUUUUUAUCUGGGAAGGGGGAGGCUGCAGACCAGGAGCAGAGUCUGCAACAGUCAAACGUCAGGCCCAUCCUUCCUCCUGCUUUCCAUUAACUUAUAGCCCAUAGGGUAAUUCCAGCAGUCAGGGCAGCAGGGAGAGAGCUCUGGUCACUUCAAAACAAGCUGUUUAAUUCAGCCUGAUUUGUUUGCGGAAAUGUUAGACGAUGUUGGUUAAUUUAUGAGCAUUCAGUCUGAUUUGCUUGUGGGGAGGUUGCGUCAAGCAAGUGUUACCCUGCACUUUCUUCUGCCUUUUCCUGCCACUUUCCUUAUUGCAAAAAGCCUGAUCCUUUGGGGAAGUGGGUUUAUUUCACAAGAGCGCCAAAUCAGCUUUAACUGCGCAACCUGAAUUUACCGGGAGGUGAUUCAAUCCCACCUGAAAACAGUGACAGUCUGGAAGUGGCCUCUGUCCUUUUGGUGUUAUAAAAUCCAGUGGUGCCCCAAGUUCCAAGCUGAGUAAGUUUAUUAAAGAAGAUUAUAAAGGGAAACGAGCAGGCAGGUAGUGAGUAUAUAAAAUAAAAUAAAACCAGCUUACUGGUCUACCUAAAUAUGUAUUGAGCAGGAUGAUAUUUCAAGCUGACUUACGUAAGGUGCUUCCACAUCUGUCCAUCAUCACCCUGUCCUGUUCAUUCAGACUUCUCAGAGUGUCCUCAUGAUGUUGUCCAACAUUUGCACUUACCUUGGGAUUUUUCCCAACUACUUAAAGUUAAACUACUUUGAGCUGCUUAAUUUCCUGCCACAGAAAAUCCAGUAUGUGAGAAAAUGGGCAUUUCUUUGAUCUGCUUCCUCCAUGCAGAUAAUCUGGCAAACACAAAGCAACACAUAGGCUAAUAGUAUACUAACAAUAUCUAUAUAACACUAUAACUGUUUCUUAAUUCACAAUCAGAAAACAUACAGUAUGUACAUGGAGUCAUGAACUAAUAAGAGUCAAGUAGAUAUUCCAUGAAAAGAAAUGAUCAGAUUAGUAUUUGGCCGUAAAGAAUCACUGAAUAUUGAGGCUAAACACCUUCCAGAGUUAAUAUCCUAUACAAAAUUUUGCUGAGAGUGAGCUGGAGCGAGAUGGUGCUAUAAGCACAGCAACACAGAAGAAUGAUGAUUGGUGCUCCAAACACAGGAACAGAGUGCUCUAUACAAAGCAACAGCAACAGAACAGUCCUUCCAGGAUAAUAGACUGUUUCAAUAAAAGUUCUUCAUCCGCUGGCAAUAAUAUAAAAUAAAAUCCAUUACAAUAAAAUACAGUGAUUGAAAUGACAUACCUGCAAAUUCUAUAAUGGGUUGUGAUACAAUAACAGAUACAUUACCAAGUCAAAUAUCCACAAAAGUACACCAAAUAACCGUGGAUCAGCUGUCACUCAAAAGUGUAGUAAGCUGAUACUGUUGGCUAAAAACUAGUAGCAUUGUGAAGGCCACUAGCAGGUACAUUGAAUUACACAGAAUUAUGUAGAAUUUAAAGGUACAGCAUCCAAUAUAUAGCAAGGAGAACACAAACAACAGCCAUCUUAACAAGAAACGUAAACAGAACAAUUAAAGUCUAAUUCAGUAUUUAAUCCCCUGGGGGCAGGGGUGGAGGAAGGGGGGUGUGGGCCACCCCAGGUGUCACCACUGAGGGAGGUGACAAAAUGCCGGGCAGCACUCACCGUGGGGCCUGCAGCGUGCCCAAGCCACACAUCUCUCCUGGGAGAGACACGGUGGCUUGGGUGCAUGCAGGGUCCGCGCUGCCCAAAUAGUCCACCCACUGCCUCCCCCCCUCAGCUGUUUUUAAAUCAGGAGGGCUGACAUUACAGUUGUCCACUUAAAGUGGCCACCUGAAGAAGCCUCAGUUGAUCCUGUACUCAUUCUAUUGCUUUUCCAGUAAUGCUACUGGGAAAGCAGAACAGACAUCCCAUAACCAUUCUGGGAUUCUGUGCCAUGUUCACCUGAUCCGGAACUCAGAUCGGAUAAAUGGGAUUUUAUCAAAUGUGUCUCCCGCUUCACGUAGGUCAUCCUUUCAGUUUCCUGGGAAAAUAAUAACAAAAUCUAUGGUUAUGGCUGCAUUUAAGAUGAGGUUUGAAUCUUUUGUAUCAGAGGAAAGUGGUUUACAAAAAUGUAAAUAACAUCACACUAAAAUCUAGUGGGUUCUCAUUAAGACAAAACUACAAACUGACAUGGAAAUAUGGAUAACUGAAUUUAAAUGGGGGGGGUGAAAUGGAUGGAUUUGCCCAUCUCUGGAUACAACACAGAAGGCAGAAUUGAGUUGGGAACAGAGUGGGAGAGGACAGCCAGGUGGAAUCGCCCCUCUCUCUCUUUCCAGCACAGCAGACAGAGGAGAGGGGAGGAAUGGAGGGAGAGAGGAGAAUGUCAGUUUCAUCUCAGGACUGCUGAUCCUGGCAGCCACUGUGCUUUGGCAGAUGGAAGUGAAUCUGCUCAGUGCUUAGCCAAGUGCGGAGGCAGGAGAUUUCCCAGGCAGGCUCCCCGUCUCCCAAGCCUCCUUUGCUUUGCUACGGUCUCUUGCUGCCCCUGCUUGAAGUAAUUGAGGAUGGGGCUUUGUCAGGACACCGCUUGACUUUUCACAGAGAAUCCAGCCCUGCAUGUUCAUAUGAAGCUGCUGAUACAUUUUUAAAAUCAAAUUGUCAGCUUAAAGUUUAUAUGUAUUUAGCAGAGUGGAGGAGUGGGGAGCUUGGAAGCUGCAGCUAACCCACCACCCGUCAUCUUUGUACAUCACUGCCAUGGUUUAGAAGGGUAAAAUAAAAUAAGACAGGACUCCGUUUGGUACAGAGAAAAGGUUCUUUUCUUAAGAGUUACUGUAUUUUUCGCUCCAUAAGGCGCACCUGACCAUAAGGUGCACCUACUUUUUUGGGGGGCUGGCGGGGGAAGCCCGGGUUCCCCCCCAGCCCCAGGGACCACACAUUCGCUCCAUAAGAUGCACAGACAUUUCCCCUUAGAUUUUAAGAGGGAAAACGUGUGUCUUAUGGAGCGAAAAAUAUGGUACUUCCUAUCCACAAAGAUGGCUUUUGAUUCUAAGUCUACAACAUGAGGGACAGUUUCAUGGCUGCCCCGUGCCGAAGGAGAGCAAAGAGAGAUAGAAUCAUGCAGAAGGAAGGGUUGCAGCUUAGGUUUCAGUGGGAAACCACAAAGUGUAGUUGCCUUAUCAUCUGUUAGACUCAACACUGCCCUCUACUGACUGGAGAAAUGCAAGGUUGCUCAUACCCAAUAGCUGCCUUAUACCCAGUCAUGUGCCUCAGUGAGACAAGUGCAAGUAGCUUGGCCAUAAUAGGCGUAUGUUUAGUGCAAAACAAUUUAAGAGGUUUUUUUUAUUGUUACUGAGGCAUUAUUUUGUGUUUUACAAAUUAUUUAGCUAUGACAAUAAUGGAGGAUAAAUAACAAAAGAUCAAGCAGUUCUUCAUGCGGAAAAGAGUAAACGAGUUAGUAGAGAACCUGCUGUGAGGAAACAGGAAAUUGCCAAUUAAGACCAGUUAAUAAUGCUACAGCCGGGAGGGAAAUCAACUCAUGGAAAAGCAGAAUACCUCCUUAACAGGAGAGGGGUGUCUAACAAAACAACCUGUGGUGAACUCCCAUCCAUGUCAGUGGUCCCAACCCUCUGCUCACUCACCCACCCACUUGCUCCCCUUGUUGUGGUUUGGCCCUGAGAGAGGGGCUGAGGCAAGGAAAUAAUCACAUAUCAUUUUCACGUUCCAACAAUGCUCUAGGGCAGUGGUUCCCAAUUAGCUAAGUACUGCAAACUGCUUGUUUUUCAAAAGCCAAUCAUGGACUUUUGAUAAUUUUGAUGUCCUAUGGUUGUUACUGUUAUGUGAAUGGUGCCAUGGGUCCCUUGGGUGGGUCACGUGGACCCCCAAUUGGGAACCACUGCGCUAGGGCACUGUGGGAAAACCAAAAUGGUGGGCAGCUUCCCAGCCACUUGCCUCCAUGGCAACACUGAAGAGCCCUGCCAGGACACGUGGACCCCAGCAACUGGCAGCCCCAACACAUAUCUAUCACAUUUUGCAAGCCCACACUGGAAAUGGUGCUGCAAUUAUGUUUUAGUUGGAAAAAACCACUCUGAGGGUGAGGGAAGAAAGAGCAAGGUCAGCUGCUCUUGGUUGUCUUGGUGUUCCACUUGCAGCUGACUUGAUUGUAAUCAGGAGAGGAAAUGCCAAGGUCUUCUUGGUGGAUGAGGUUAUCAUGGAGGAUAAGGCAAUCGGUGGCUACUAAUCUUGAUGGAUAUGCUGUACCUGCCCUGUUGAAGGUUAUAUGCCUCUGAAUAUUGGUUGCUGGAAACCACAGGAGGGAAGAGUGCUGUUGUGCUCAAGUUCUGCUUUUAAGCUCCCCAUAGUCAUCUGGUUAGAUGGGCCACUGGCCUCAUCCAGCGGGACCCCCCUUGUGUGUGUUUUUUAUUUUUAUUUAUAAUUUUCAUUAUUACCAUUUCCAAAAUCACAUUCAAGUACAAAUUUCCACCGUAAAUAUAUUUCUUUUAAUAAAAACAUGCAAUGACUUCCCUUCUUCCCCAUCCCUGGUUCCUUUAAUUUUCCCACCAUUCCUGCAUAUUCUAAUAUAUCCAUUUAGAUCUCUUUCUCCCCUUUCUCCCUUUAUUAUAUAUUAUACUGCAGAAUUUACCUUAAUGCUGCCAUUGUUUUCACUUGUUUACAAUUAUUUUCCAAAUACUCCACAACGUUUUCCCACUCCUCUUUACAUACUUGGUCUUCUUGCUCUCUUAUUUUACCUGUUAGACCUGCUAACUCUGCAUAGACUACCAUUUUUAAUUGCCAAUCCUCCUUUUUAGGGACCUCACUCACCCGCCAUUUUGGGGGCUAACAAGAUCUGAGCUGCACCCCUUGUGUUCUUAUGUCCUUAAGGUGAAGGUGAAUCAAGGGAGAGAUUCCAGACAGCAGGCGCCAUGAAGGGGAAGCUGUGUGUAGUUUAGGAAGCCAGCCCAAGACAUUUUGGCCCUUGAGGCAAACCCCAAAAUGGUACCCUCUCCCCACCAGGGAAGAAGGGGUGAGGGAAGAUCUACAUCAGGAACAAGGAGGCAGGAAGAAAUAUGAAAAUCAGGAUCUGCAGUCCGGUAGAUCCUGCCGCCUGAGGCAGUCACUUCACCUUGCCUCAUGUGUGGCCUGGCCCUGAGUUGAGGAUUAACUUGAAUGCUGUUUGCAGAGCCAACAGGAGAAGCCUAAUGAUGAGAAGGAUCCUUGCCUUUCUCAAAAGCUAGGGAUUCACCAGGUACUGUCUGAAUUAAGCACAUGCUCUGGGGAACAGCCAUCACUAACCAUGUCCACAAGAGUGUGGGAGGACAGUAUAAUAAAUAUGGGAGUGCCAAAGGUUGUCAGCAUUGUCACUUGGAUGCUCAGUAAAAGAUGACAAAUGACUAAAUAGCUAGCGUGGAAGCAACUCGUCUUACUAAAACUCCAAGUGCCCUGGAAGUCAGUCUGAGUUGAACUAAUAUGCUUUCUCUUCUUUCUCUGUCUCCUAAAAGAUUGGCAUGUGAACCACACGCCCAGCCACUCAACCACGAAGUACAACACCCUCAGCUGCUCUCGUUCUUUCCACAAUCUUUCCCAUCUGCCCCCGUCAUAUGAGACAGCCGUCAAGUCAGAACUUAACCGCUAUUCUUCACUCAAGCGCUUGGGUAAGCUGGAGCAUUUAGGAAGGGAAUACUGGGAGGAUGUUGUUGCUGAUCUUCUCCAAAGGCUAAUAACUUGAGCCUUUUUCCUCCAUGAUAUAGAUAUCUCUCACUUUCUUUACCAUCAUCCCUGACCCUGUUUCCUCUAUACUGAAAAUUUUCAAACGUGGGCUUACACUGCCAUUGAGCCUCUCUUGGGCUCCUUAUGUGACCUGCCUGGCUGUUGAAGAAAAACUGUCUUUAUAAUGCAAAUGAGAAUUUUAGCCAAUGUAUGUAUUACAAAUUGUUUGAGGGCCAAAUCAGAUGUGAUUUUAUUGCUUUAUCAGUCCAUUUCACAUACCGAUCAUGAGGUGUUUGUGUUUUAUGGGAGUGGAGGUUGUCUGUUUCCCCCUUCUCUUUCGUCAUCUUCUCACAUCCACCAGUCCACCUUUUCAUCAUUCGGUGACAUCUUACUUAUCUCCCCUAUCUCCCAGCAGCUGAGAAGGACUUGGAUGAAUUCUAUGCCAAACGGAGGCAUCUUGCCGAACUGACCCGAGGGACUCUGCCCUUACAUGCCAUGAAGAUGAACUAUGACACGGAUGCUUACUCCGAGAAGUCCCACAACCCACGGCGUGUCAUGUCACAGGAACACAUCCUUUCCGAUGGUGGUGGUGGAGGGGGAAGCUACCGCCCAUCUCACUACGACUACACCAUUCCUCGAGAGCGUGUCAUAUCUCACGAGCACCUCCUCUCCCGCGAAAACUUGCAUUCUCAGGAGCGCCUGCUCUCUCCUGAGCGUCUUCAUCAGCGCACAGGUCCCUUCCAGGAGAUGCAUCUGGGCCACCAGAAGGCCCUCUCUCAGACCAACGUCUGCGCCAGCAGCACUCCCAUGCUUGAGCACCACCACGUGAUGAUGAAGAACUCUCACCCCACCUCCAACAACUCCCCCAAGGCAUCUGCUCCUUGGGACGGCAGUACUAGCCAGGCUGCCACCCGGCGCCAAGGCUUUGCAGCCAAGAGGCAAAGCACCAUUGAUCAAGUCCAGUUCAUCCCUGGGCACCACCCAACCCAACACCUCCCUACUGGCAGCAAGAACGAGGUCACCGUGUGA